AGCUUUGGCUUUGUUUUUUUGAGGUAUAUAAUUAGUUGAGGUAAUUAGGCCGGUCUGGCGCGCUUGACUAUGUUGCCCUCAAGGAUUGCGCUCUCAACCAAGAUUCUGGUUGGAGUGAGCAUCAAGGACAUUCAAGGCGCCACAGCGGCGGUGCGGAAGGCCAUCCAUUUAGCGCAGCCGGGAGACAAGAUCGUGGCGCUGAACAUUCCAAAACUGGUCCCGGAGAUGAUGCUUUCCUCCAUGAACGACCCCGGGGAUGCCACCGAGGAGACGUUCGCAGCCCUGGCGAACCUUCCAUCGAGAGCGGGGACCAACAUGCAAGCGCACAUCAAGGAAGCGGCAGAAGCGGAGAUGCAGAAGCUUCAGAAGCAGAUCUCUAUUGAUUACAAGGUCACGCAGCCUUCGGGCGAUGUGAAGUCAGGCAUUCUGGCAGCUUGCAAGGCUGAAGGUGCUUCGAUGCUGCUGAUUGGGCCCGGCGUGGGUGGCAACGGCAGCAUCCCCCCGUUCUGCGUGUCCCACGCCAAAGGGAUCACCGUGUGCAUCGUGCGUGACCAUCUCGAGUGAUUCGGAGCAUCCGACGUGAUUCCACGGCGAUAAAAAAAACGUUUCACGAUCAAGCGUAGCUUAGCCAAGACACCAGUCAUGGCCAGGAAGUAGAGUGACAAAUGAGUGAAAAGUUGCUCCAGCUGGUCCGAUGACUACUUACUAGAACCAUGUAACUGGC